UUUCGUGCGUGUGUGUAAAUUCGGUAGCGCACCUUUGAAGUGGCCAAGUUAAAAAGGUUGCUAAAUAAAUGGUUUAAGUGGCGAGCUAGUGUUCCAGGUCUUUUCAAUGGAAUUCACAAUUUAGCCCAUGGAAGAACACUUGCAGUAGCAAGAGAAACAUACAUAAGAACGUUAUUCAACCACUUGAUUGUCAAAGGAGUGGACUACCUCUUGGACCGAAAUCUGAUGACAAAUAACCACAUUGACACAAUGGGGGAUGACAGCGCCCUCCGGAAGAGCCUGAAGGAGAAGAAUGAAUACUUCAAGAGGAUGGUCAACCUCAUCCCAGCCAAGUACUACCUCGAGAAGGGAGCUAAGAAGGCAGGGGAGAAAUUCUUUAAGAAUAUGAAAGAGGAAGCACCAAGACAAGAGCUGAAGGAAAAGACGACAAAAACGAGCAGGAAGAAACAGAGGAUGGACCCAGAUGCCCAGCAGGAGCUGACAGUGACUGACCUCCAAGAUGCACUCGUCAAGAAACAAGAGGAGAGAGAAAAGAGACAGAAGGAGAAGAUGAAGAUGGAGGAGGCGGAAGAGGAGAAGAAAGUUGUAUCUGCUAAGGAUGAGGAGAGCAGUGGGGAUGAAAUGGAGGAGGUUGAUGGAGGAUUCCAAGGCAUGGGAGAAAGUGAUGGCAAAGAAUGGACCCAACUUAAACCUGCUCAGCCAGUCAGUGUAGAAAGAAUUCAAAGUAGCGCAAGCUUAGAUGACCUUAGAAAAAAGGUGCAGGAGAAAAUACAACAGUUACGUGACAAAAGACAGGCUAAAUCACUAGAAGGGAACAUUAUGUCAAAGAAAGCCUCCAGGAAGAUGAAAGAAGUAAAUGAGAAGAAGAAGAAGAAACAAGAAAGAUAUGAUGCUAUUAAAGCAACUAGGGAUGAGAAGAGGAAAGAUAAGGAAGCGAAGAGGACACAAAAUGGAGGCGGGGAAAAGCAGGACGGGAACGAGGUACAUGAGGGGGAUACUCAAGAGCAAGAACAGAGUAAGCCACUAAAAGUAACUUUCAGUAAGUUUGACUUUGAGGAAAAUAAAUCUAAGAAGACCAAGAAAAAGAAGAAACGCAAAAGCGGUGAGGAGAAUCUGAGUGGGCGUGACUAUGAAGGACUUCUUAAGAAGGUGCAAGCCAAGAAGCAGAAGAUUGCAGAAGUCAAGAAGAGUAAUCCCGAUAAAGCCGAGGAGAUGAUCAAACAGGAUAAGUGGAAAGCCGCAUUGGACAGAGCUGAGGGUAAGACAGUUAGAGACGAUCCUGAGCUUCUUAAGAAAUCCAUACGCAAGAAGAAGGAGAAGAAGAAGCAUAGUGAGAAGAAAUGGACAGAGAGAGAGGAGAAGACGACACAAUUGAAGGCCGAUCGACAGAAGAAGAGAAAGACAAAUCUCAGAGGCAGGACGGAUGCUCGCACAGCCAAGAAAGUUAAGCGACUUCAAAAGAAGGGUAAACUGCUUCUCAAAGAUAAGGACUAUUCUUAAAGAAAUUAAGACUUUAAAUCAGGAACUUAUAUUUGUUUAAUCUUUUAAAUAUUUAGGGCUGGUGAAAGUUUUAACAGCUUUAAUCUCAACAGUUAAUAUUUCGAGGGAUUCUGUUAGACUUUUCACAACUAAUUAAAUCCAUGUAUUCCAAAGACUAUCUAGAAAAGUCAUCAAUGCUAGCAACAUUAAUUUAAGCAGGUCUGAUGCUUCGUUUUUGAAAGGGCAAGGGGACUGAUGUGUUUUCUCCUUCCAGUAGGGCACCUCUAUCAGGAAAUUGUACAUAUAUAUUGGAACAUUUAAAGGGGCACCAAUGCAAUGCAUGGCCAGGGGCAACGGAGGAAAUUGCCUCUGUGAAGUAUUAGGCCUGCUGAUACAAUUGGUUAUUUUAACUGGCACCAUGGUAUUUUCAAUACUCUCAGUGACAAAUAAAACAAAGAAAAAUUGUUUCAGAAAGGUGUUUUUUUCUUGUACAGGUUUUUGCUAGAUGUAUUGUUCUGAAGCUGAAUACCUUGAAUAAAAAUGGUCAAACCUCAUGCACUUAGUAAAUAAAACAGCACAUGUCUAAUAAUUAUCAAGUGUUUAUUUAUUCAUGAAAUGCAGCAUCACAUUUAAUAUUUGAAUUUGUUAAUUAUUUUUAACACAAAAUGCCUCUGCCUGAUGUGAAUCAUAAGAGAUUUACAAUGUGAACAAAAACACCAAUUUA